CCUGACUGGGAACAGCGGGAGAGGGAAAGACAAACUAUGAACACACUGCGGCCGCCUGAGGGUGUAGGACGCUUAACCACAGCGUAAGCAGUUCUGACAAAGACGGCCUGUAGUCAGUUGACACCUGAGGCUGAUUAUACAGAAUCAACACAUACUGUUGCUGAGAGCCCUAUCAGACUGCAGUUUCAUUGACCACAAUGGCCUUACUGAAUGUUACGCUUCCCUGGAAUGUCUCUUUGGACCACAGCUAUUUCAAAUCCAACAUCUCAGAGUUAGAGGACACGCAACCUACCCCGGAGAACUGGCCAGCGCUGUUCAUUCUGGCGAUUAUAUUUUUUACUGUGGCGGGGAAUAUACUGGUAAUUAUGGCCGUGUCCAUUGAGAGCAAACUGCACAAUGCCACCAACUACUUCCUGUGCUCGCUGGCCGUGGCAGACAUGCUGGUGGGAUUCCUAGUUAUGCCAGCCUCGCUAAUUAGUAUUCUUUACAAUCACACCUGGCCUCUCCCUGAACUGCUGUGUCCCAUGUGGAUCUUUCUUGAUGUGCUCUUCUCCACAGCCUCCAUCAUGCACCUGUGCGCCAUCUCUCUGGACCGCUAUAUCGGCAUCCGUAAUCCAAUCAAAUACAGCCGCGGCAACUCACUUCAAAAGACCAUGAUCAAAAUUGUCUCUGUCUGGACUGUUUCUGUAGUGUUGUCACUCCCCAUUCCAGUAAUAGGUUUCCAGGACAAGCAGAAAGUGUUUGUAAACGGCACCUGUACCAUGAAUGAGCCUCGAUUCGUCCUUGUCGGCUCAACCGUGGCCUUCUUCGUUCCUUUGAUCAUCAUGGUCGUCUGUUAUUACCUCACUCUCCGUGAUCUCCAGAAGCACAGCGCUUCCUUCCCGCAAGAGAGCAAUAGUCAACAUUCUUCUCAUAGGAUAAGUGAUUCAAGUCUGCUUAAGAGUACGUCCUUCACCAACAAGUUCACGUUUCCAUCCAAAAAAGGUUCACAACGCCAAGGAAGACGAGGCAUGAUGCAAGCCUUGAAAAAUGAGCGACGAGCUUCCAAAGUCUUGGGGAUCGUCUUCUUUCUCUUCCUGAUCAUGUGGUGUCCGUUCUUCAUCACCAAUGUGCUGAUCGCCAUCUGUCAGGAAAACAGCAGCGAGCAUCUCUAUAACCUCAUUCACUUUUUCGUCUGGGUGGGAUAUGUCUCGUCUGGAGUGAAUCCUCUGAUCUACACCCUUUUCAACGAGACGUAUCGACAAGCCUUCGCUAGGUAUCUACGAUGUAAAUAUGAAAACAAGCCAGAGAAGAAGACCCAGGCCACCCAAUCAUAUUGACACAGUUACAGCAUGAUUAAACCUGAUCAUUAAUUGACGUGUAAUGCUUAAUGACGACCUGACAAUCAUGAUCUGGUAUACAUCUACAUAUUUCCAAGGCAGCCAAACUUUCUUUCCCUUUCAGUGACUAAAAACUAACAUGAUAGAUUGUUUAUUGUGAGUUUUAUAAAAAAUUGUUUAUUGUUCUUAUGUAAUGGGAUAUUAUAAACGUUUCCACUCGAGCGCUACCUUAUUUUGCAAUGCUUAAGUAAGUUAUUUCUCAGAAUGUGUGAGAGUUCCAGUUCAUUAGCUGCUAUAAAUAACCACAAAAAAUAAAGUGCAGUCAACAGUAAAACGUUUUGCUCUGCAAAUCAGUGUGUUUAUGACUACGAUAUGAACUGUACAAUACAGUUCAAUACAUUAUCGAGAGUUUUUGUACAGCUAAAGCGGAAGAGACCGGAAGCCUCACACAUCUAAGUUAAAAAUGGCAGCGUCCACAAUUAGAUGUGGUAGAUUAACAUUGCAGAACAAUUAGCAUUCCUAACUCUCCAAUGGAAAACGUGAUGGAAAAGCAUUUGAAUUACUCUCUACAGUUGUUUGCAUUGCACCUCCAGGACUCGUGAAGCGUCUGUCAGACUGUUUUGAAUGCAAGGACAAACCAAAAACUCUUAAUGUUCGGGAGGACAGCAGUGUUUUCCAGACACACUGCACUGUUUUCUUUCCAAGGCUUAUCGUACAGCCUGUUUUGACUACACAGAUAUUUCUGUGAACUCAGUUGAUAUCAAGCCUGUUUGUGUUAAAGUGUCAAGCCUGUGCAUGAAAGCGAAUUCAUAAUAAGAGAGUGCCGCCAUGUGGGGACAUUCAUUUGAUUUCUGAGCCAAUGAUUGAAGGGGUUACUGCAACAAUGAAGCUAAUAAAAAUAUUUUUAAACGCUAAAUUUUAGUGACACUUUUGUUUUUGCAUUCUUGAUCGAAACUACUUGUAUUUUAAAUAAAUUAUAAACUGUGCAAUGAAUGUGUUUGCUCACCAAGCCUGCAUUUAUUUGA